AUGUCGGCUACGGACCCACUCCAUCGACAUGCCCUCCGCCAGCACCACCACCAACAGCAGAGCCAACAGCAGCAACUUAUCGAUCCGCAAAAGCAGCUGCUUCUAAUGCAACAGUUUCAAAAGCUUCAGCAGCAACAGCAGCUUCAAAAGCUUCAACACCAGCAACAGCAGCUUCAACACCAGCAACAGCAGCUUCGACAGCACCAGCUUCAACAGCAGCACCAGCAGCACCCGCAGCACCAGCAGCAGCACCAGCAGCACCAAGGCCUUGGCUCUCAGCAAUUCUACUUCCACCAAUACCAGGUCCCACCGACCGACCAAGUUGCACUGUACCGAUAUCCACCUUCACAGCCCACUCCUUUGCUUCCUCAAAUAUCGCCGCAAGUGCCGCCACAGCAGCAUUCGCAGCGUGAGCCCCUUCCGAUCCCGGACACUGAAAUGUCCGUUGACCCAGAGGACUCCAAGACGAUUCUGGAAUCCGCUUCCUUGGCGCAUAUAUCCUCGGAUGCUGCCGCCGGGUCGAAAUCCGAGCCCCAGAGUUUGCAGCCAUCCUCGCCAGUCCGACACCAACACGAACCCCCAACCGCCCCUGCGCUUCCUUCGAAAUCCGAUGCCGCCUCAGACUCGCCGCCUCAAUCUGCGAACCCAGGAUUGGAAAUCGAUCAGGCGGCGCCCCCUCUCCCAGUCGCGACGCAGGCAUCCUCGACUGAAGGUGGCUCAUCUGGGCACCCCGAGCAUCGCCGCUUGCGAUCCGUUGAUAAGGAGCACCCCGAUAUCGUAGCCCUAAAAAUACAAUAUGAAGAGCGGCUGUCGGCGUUGCAAAGCAAGUACUCUGAUCGCCUAAAGCAGGAAAAACACCGGAUCAUGAACCAGGGGCUGUCAAACCCCGAAUUGAUUGUUCAGGAUUUCGAAGCGAAACAAAAAAUAGCCUUUCAUGACGAACUGACGGAACUGAAGCGCUUCUUCCGGGACCGGUAUCAUAACUUGAUCAAGAAGCAGGCUCAUUCCAACCACGGCCAUUCUCAUAGCAGGCAUUCAAACGAGAAGAAUCCUGACGCCAGCGUCUCGAGUCAGGGCGAGCCGGCGACCAGUAUGUCGUCUGGCCAUCCAGCUGCCACACAGCCCGAAAAACGGAUCAAGGUCGAUCCGAGCGUCGAGGCCGGCGCCCGCGAGAACUCAAAGGCCAUCGUGAUUGAUCUUACAGAUGAGGAUGAUGCCCGGCGCCACAAGCCAACCGCUGCUCCGAUCGAUCUCACAGCGGACGACGCCGUCGGUGCCGUAACCAAGACCGAGCCCGCAAUUUCGGUCGAAAUGCAGCGCCAUGCCGAACUCCGCAAACAGCAGCACGAGGAGCUGUGCAAUUUGCCCAUAUCGGAGCUAGUUUGCUAUGGCCAAAUCGACAACUACAUCGAGGGCUUUGACCCGGUCGCUGCGCAGUUGGAUCCGAACCGCCGAGAACACAAGGUUCGGUUCCAGGGUGUUGUGGAGCCUCUUGGAAACAAUAGGGCUGGAGCUGUCAAGUGGAUGGUUGUGGACGACCGCCAGAUGAUUCUCGGACAGCUUCCGGCCAACGUUGCCUCGGCAUACUCCAAGAUAAACACCAUGGCUCGUAUAUCUGCCACGAUUCAAAGGACCCAGUUCAACCGCAUGAGUGCGUCAAUCCGCAUCGUUUUCUACGGCGCCCGGAAAAACGCAUUUAUCGUUGGAGAGUCCCUGCAAAGCGAGGGGCUUCGAUUGCUCAACCCGACACGGACGACGGCGUUUCCUGUAUUCAACCCGAUGGCGACGUCCUAUGAAAGCUAUGUCAUCCCGGCCCGGACAGUCGUCAAGCAGGAGGAUGUCGAAAGCCAGAUCGAGCGCGUGUAUCUGAGUCUUGCCGAGUCGCAGUCUUGGGAACAGGCCGAGCCAGACCCGAGGCUCGCCACCACCCUAUACAAGCACCAAAAGCAGGCCCUGCACUUCAUGCUUGACCGCGAGCAGGAUAUCGAUUUGAACUCGCCGACAUUCGAGUCCAAGGGAAUCUGGAAGCGCAUCCGAGCGGGGCGAUGGCAGAACCUCGUGCUCGACAGGGAAGAAAACACAAUCCCGCGGGUCGUGCUCGGGGGUAUCCUCGCCGAUGACAUGGGGCUGGGCAAAACCAUCGAGGUGAUUUCGCUGCUGCUCUCGGGCCAGCCCGAUGUGUCUUAUCAAACCCCGGCUGAGGCAUUUGGGUGCAGCUAUCCCUUGAAGCCUUCUCGUGCAACACUGGUUGUUUGCCCGCUGUCGAUCAUCUCCAAUUGGGAAGAGCAGAUCGAUUCCCACGUCAAGAACAAGUCGUUCAGGGUUUAUGUCUACCAUGGCCCCGGCCGCAACAGCAACAUCGACUUUCUGGCUUCACAUGACAUUGUCAUCACAACCUACAGUGUACUUUCGAUCGAGUUCUCAAAGCCGGCUCGAGACAAGAAGAAGGGGUAUCAAACCUCGGGCAAUGAAGUCUCUCCCCUGCUGUCUAUCCACUGGUAUCGAGUUGUUCUGGAUGAGGCCCAUAUGAUCAAGGAUGUCAACACUGGCCAAAGCAAGGCCGCGUGCGAGCUGCAGUCGACACGGCGAUGGUGCCUGACCGGAACUCCAAUCCAGAACAAGUUCGACGACUUGUUUGCCCUCUUCAAGUUCCUGCGAUUCUAUCCCUUUGAUGAUCGACGAGUGUGGAACAACUCGAUCUCCAAGCCCAUCAGACAGCCCCCGCCGGCCAACCCUUACGCAUCGUCUCGGAGCAGCAUGCCCAGCGAUCAGGAGGCUCUGACUCGUCUGCAGAUUCUAAUGAAAGCCAUCACCUUGCGACGAACCAAGGAUCAGAAACUCGAGAACGGAGAGCCCCUGCUCAAGCUCCCCGACAAGAUCAACUCUGUUACGCUUGUGACCCUGGAUCCGCGCGAAUCCUGGGCCUACAACCAAAUGCACCAGAAAGCCGUCGACAUCUUCAAUCGGUUUACGUCGGGCAAUGCGAUUGACUCGAGAUGGGCAGUGCUUCUGCAAGUGAUCUUGCGGAUGCGACAACUGUGCAAUCACAGCAAUUUGUGCAAGAAGAAGGCGAUCGAAGAUGAGCUGAGAGACUACGACGCCUUGGCUCAGUCAGAUGAGCGGCCCCCGCUGUCCAGCGAGCACGCAGUUCACAUUUUCAAUCUUCUCCGGGAAGGCAACAUGAACAACUGUGGAAGUUGCAACAAGCGCGUCGGCAGCGAUACAGAUUCUGACGGCGAUGCAAGCGGCCGAAAGCUUUCCUCCGAUGACGAAAAGAAAGGCAAAUUCAAUGACGUGUAUUCGGCCGACGGGCCGGUCGGGUCGGUCGGAGUUGUCACCCGCUGCGAUCAUCUGUUUUGUAUGAGUUGCUACGAGUCCUUGUUCGAAAAUCGUUCGGAAGUCAGCUGCCCAGUAUGCCAUAUGGAGCUCACUUCAGGAGAUAUCAAGGAGGUCGAAGAGGAUGCCCUGGACCUCGAGGCCGACGGCUGCCUGACAUCGACUCUUGCUGGGAGCCAGAGUAGCAAAAUCGCGACACUCAUCCGCGAGCUGGUUGCCCAUCGGAGCGCUUGCAAGAAGAAUGGCCUCCCGCCCGAGAAAACCGUGAUCUUUUCGCAGUGGACAGAGAUGCUGAAUCUGCUGGAGGCGCCGCUUCAGGAUGCAAGAUUUACGUUCGUGCGACUGGACGGCACCAUGAACCGUUCGGAGCGUGACGGCGUGCUUCAAAGGUUCCGGAACAACCCCGACGUCACAAUCAUCUUGGUUUCGCUCAAGGCAGGCGGCGUGGGUCUCAAUCUGACCUGUGCCUCGCAGAUAUGGAUCUUUGAGCCUUACUGGAACCCUGCCGUUGAACACCAGGCCAUUGACCGCGUCCAUCGCAUCGGUCAGACACGGACCGUGUAUACCCACCGACUCAUUGCCCACAAAACCAUCGAGGAGGCGAUGCUGAAGCUCCAGGAAAACAAGCUGAAGAUGGCCAAGAUGGCUCUGCGGGAAAAGGGCCGGGCGACGACCAAGGAGGAGCUGCGGAAGCAAAAGAUUGCCACCCUCAAGCUGCUGCUGACCUCGAUGGACACAAGCGGUGCCCGGUCGUCUGCACAGCCGUCCGAGGACCAGCCGCCGGUGGUUGUCGAGCUGGACUGA